ACUCGAGUUCGCCUGUCACCAAGUUGUCACUUUCGCGAUGGCCGUAAUGUUGUGAACGUGAACUUUUAUUUUUGUGAUACGUAUGUGUUUAUUUGGCAUUUUUUAUUAGUUCCAUUUGUAAACACGCGUCACCAUCGCGCGGCGCUAUUUAUAACUCUCUAGUGUAGAAGUGGCCGCAAAAAUUUCCCGAAAUGUUAUAAAAUAUGUGGCGCGCGUAACGGAUGCAUCGUUUCCUACAUACCUUUUCCAUAAACGUAAUGUAACGUUUGUUUCCUAUGUGAUGUUAUUGCAAAUCGGUGGCGGGUGAUCGCGGAAGAUGCCUUUCAAGCUGAAGUUGAAGAAGACGCGGCAGUACAACGUCGCGUCAAAGAGUCUGUUCGUGAUCAGCGUGGAACUGCUGGACGGCGGUGUGGCGGAUUGCACGCUGUCGGUGGACAGCUCGGGACAAGAAUGCCUGGACAACGUGUGCCAGCGGCAGGCCGUCAACCAACCGGAGUUCUUCGGGUUGCGGUACAUGAACCGCAGCCAGCAGCCCCGAUGGGUGCAACUUGACCGCCCGCUCAAGCGACAGCUCGACAAGCAUGCCUCCUCGCACCAGCUGUACUUGCGCGUCAUGUACUACGUCAUCUCGGGCACCAGUCUGAUCACUGAUGAAGUGACGCGAUACCACUACUUCCUUCAGUUGAAGAAUGAUUUAAUAGAUGGUAGGAUAAUCUGCGAUUGUCAGCAGGCUGUGGUGCUGGCCUCGUACAGCCGACAGGCGGAGUAUGGGAACCAUGAUCGAGAGAGGCAUACUGUUGAGUACCUGAAGAACUUGCUGACAUUUCCCAAGCAGAUGCUGGAUGGAGGGCAGAUUAUCGAUGGCAGUACCCUUGCGGAGACCGGAAGGCUGGAGUGGCUUACAGAAGCUGUUAUACAGCAGCACAUGGCCCUGCACAACAUGUCACAGGCACAAGCGGAGGAGGGGUUCAUCACGACGUGCCAGCAGCUGCGAGGGUACGGGCAGGAGAUGUACACGGCGCACGAGCAGGCCAGCGACUCGGAGGUCACCAUCGCGAUCUCACUCACGGGCAUCACGGUGCACAAGGACAACACCGAUACGCCGCACUUUUACAGAUGGAUGGACAUAACGAACGUGAUAAACCACAAGCGCACGUUCAGCAUCGAGUGCCAGAAGCAGAGCGAGUCGGCUUCCUUCACGCUGACGAGCCCCGAGGACGGCAAGUACGUGUGGCGCAUGUGCGUGCAGCAGCACACCUUCUACAUGAAGCACCGCGCCGCGCUCUCCGAGCCGCCGCCGCAGAGGCCCGAGCACAGGACCAACUUCCAGGAGCACGGGCUGUCGGAGAGCCGCGAGGAGCUGGACGUGCGGGAGGCGGUGGGCGCGGGUGUGUCGGGGGCGGCGGGGGUGGCGGCGGGCGCGGCGGGCGCGGCGCGGCUGGAGCCGCUGACGGCGGCGCACCGCGCGCACUCCACGUCGUGCCUCGAGCUCGCCGAGCGACACCAGCCGCAGCCGCAGCCGCUGCACAGGAACAGGGCCCUUCUACCAUCAUACCGGCCAGCACCGGACUACGAGACCGCCAUCCAGCAGAAAUACGCGCAACAGAGAGCGGAGGCCCAGCUCCGGUACCAGAACCACCACUCGCACUCGCCCAUGGUGACCACGGCCUCGAAGCCACUCAUCUACGGCUCACACCCCGACAUCCACCGCGUCCACUACCCCGAUGUGACGCGACAUACCAUUAACCAAACCGCUGAAGACUACGCAUACGGACUGAAGUUCGUAGGACCAAAUUAUCCGUUCGCAGUGAACCCAAACGUUCAGACCGAUCUCAACCAGCUCCAUUACGUGAACGUAUACAAACCGCCUCCUCCAUACCCGUCUAACGGCUUAGCCUCAAACUCUACUCCAGAUUUAGCAGUGGCGAGUCAAGCCCUCAAUUACCAUAGAGGUUAUAUCAACUCGCACGUGUCAGGGUCCAGUCCGGACCUGGUGUCCACACGGACCGCAUUAAACAGGCCGUAUUUGGGGUACAUAAAUAACAGUCACGUGAACUACGGGCGAGCGGUGAUGCCCGGGACCCACGGCACUUACAACAACCUAGCUUCGGUGUUAGAGCCCAAGCCCAGGAUCAUCAUCGACCCGCACCACAUAUCCGACAACAUACAGAAAGUUUACGACGAGCGAGGGAACAUCAUGUACUCUAUGCCGAUGCACAGGAUACCGUACCAGACGCAUUUAGUCCUACCGCAGUCGCAGAUCAACAACAACACCCAGGAGCCUAUCUACGAGAAUGUUCCCCUCCCCUGGCAUAGCGAAGGGAAGAUGACCAUGAGGGACAGGGCACAGAGCCUCACCACCACUGACGAGAUCGCCAGGCUAAACGAAAGAAACAGCAGCCAUAAUACAAUAAACAACCACCGAAAUUUAUCAAAAACGAACCUUAACGUGCCGAAUUACGUUUCAGUUAACGUUGACCCGGACAGUCAUUACGUGAACGCUCAAAUCAUUAAUAGGGUCAGGGAGACGAGUGUUCCCAAAGAACUGAACGUGUCUAAUAGGUCGAUAAAUAAACCGGAUGAGUUUGAAAACGUCACCCUGUCGGUCGACCGGAUGUCGCUACAGCAAGACGACAAGGAAUACGACGAGACGCCGUACCAAAGUCUUUCGACGCACAAGGUGUCGAGCACGAGCGACAACGUGACGUCCAUAUCCGUGCCGGAUAUACGCGUGCAAACCGACAACAACACGUCGCACAGCAGCGCGGCGGACAGCGCCAUAUCGAGUACGGUGAUGAACUCUACCGUGAGUGUUACUGCGGAGUCGGACACUAGUGGGGUUAGUGGGGUCAGUGGGGUCAGCGGGAAGGAGAAGAAACGGCGACGGUGGGGCAUGUUCAUGGGACGGGAUAAGAGUGAUAAAAAUGCGGUGAAGAGCGCCACGUUAGGCCGAGACCGCGCCAAAGCCGCUCCUCACGCGGUCCACAAGCACCGCUGGUCCACCGGACUGCCCAAGUUUCAGCCGCUGCCGCCCAGCAUCACCAAAGAAACUAUGUGCCAAAUCCUGGAGCGCAAGAUGUCUGAGGAGCAGCUGUCGUUCGCGUUCGAGCAGAUCCCGAAGGGGCGCGAGGGCGCGGGCGAGGGCGAGUUCCGCACGGCGCUGAUGCCGCAGCACGCCGCGCUCAACCACGGCGACCGCCUGCCCUACGAGGACAACCGCGUGCGCCUCCAUCCCACCGCCGCCAACCCGCACGGCUACAUCAACGCAUCGCAUAUUACGAUGACGGUGGGCAGCUCGCAACGGUUCUACGUGGUGGCGGCGACGGGGUCGGGCGCGGGGGCGAGCACCGGCGCGAGCACGGGCGCGAACAUAGCCGCGAACACGGGCGCGCACGUGUGGGAGUGCGUGUGGCAGGUCGGCGCGCGGCUCGUGGCGCUGGUGCAGGACGCGCCGCCGCACUACCUGCCGCCGCCCGGCGCCGUCGCACACUACGGCGGGUUCCAGGUGGUGGUGGUGUCGCGGUCGCGCACGCGCUGGGGCGCGUCGGCGCGCGUGCAGGUGCGCGCGGCGGGGCGGGCGGCGCGCGCGCUGUGGCUGGUGCAGUUCGCGCGCUGGCCCGACCACGCGCCCGCGCCCGCCGACCCCGCGCUCUUCCUCGGUCAGCCUUACUGCGUUACUGUAUUACUGUGCUAUAGUUCCUGUCGGAGGUGUGCGCGCUGCGCGUGUCGUGCGGCGCGGAGGCGGCGGCGCUGGGCGGCGCGGCGCCGGGCGGCGCGGGCCCGCUCGUGCUGUGCGACGCGCGCGGAGCCGCCCGCGCCGGCACCGCGCUCGCCGCGCAUCUGCUGCUCGACAUACUCGACAACAACCAGGAGCUGGACAUACCGCAUACGAUCAGCAUGUUGCACCAGCAGCGCGCGAACCUCAUCGAGAACGUGCAACAGUAUCGGUUCCUACAUCAGCUACUACUACAAUAUCUCAAGCAGUCGCGACUCAUAUAACGAACGAUACCUACAUACGAGUAUUAUAAUGCUUAGUGAAUAAUGACGCAAUACAAACAUGUUACUCAAAAUAUAAUAAUUACAUUCGAAUUUAAACCAUAAAGUAACUUCGUCUUAACAAAUGUCAAACGAUUGUAUUACGUACAUUGUGUUAUUAGUUUCCAAUAUUUCUUCAAAAAGAAGAGACAUUUUUAUUCUAAAUUUAAUAAAACUUUUGUCUACUUUUAGACAUAUUUUGAUAUUCUACCUAAAUUUUAUGCCUUAAAAAAUUUAAAGAUGUCUAAAAUAAUUCUACAUUCGUAAACGAACAUGAUUGUAUUGUGUUAUCAUUCGCUAUAGCAUAACGAAAUGAAUUUAUAACCUCAUAUCGAAAUGUAUUAUUAUUUGCGUCCAAUAGUGAAAAUGUAUAAAGCCUACCGCUAUACUGCAUAGCAUUAUAGGCUUGAUAAAUGUGUGUCUGACCUGUGUAUAUGGUACCUCAAAUUGUUUGAAUGUUAAGCAAAUAAUUUUGUUAGGCCAAGUCCUUGUAAACCACCGUUUACUUACAAUUAUAACAUUUGAUAUUACUCGAGCAAUAACACUUUCAAGCAAUUAUAUUAGAUUUUCAGUGGAACUUUCAGAUAAUUAAUAUACGUAACAAACU